ACCUGAUAGGUCCGGUGUUCAGCCAAGAGGUUCAGGCCACACAGUUCAAGACAGAGAUAUGUUCGAACGAUAGAUCAAACAAGAAACCCUGGGACGAAGCAAACGAGGUCGGACGGAAAUGCAAGUGACAAGUAUUGAUAUUCUUGAACUCGGUAAAUCCUAGGCCUGCUGGUGAUCCUGUAACCUGCCAAACGUUUCUUUGAUUUGAGUGAACCCACCGUCGUUUCCUUUCACGCAACAAAAUCACGUUGUCACAGAUCUGGCAGAUAAAGGUCGGAGGCCAAGUCCUGUGUGUGGCUGCAUCGGGGAUGUGCAGCGUCCUCGAAAGGGGUCAGCAGAAGGUGAUGAUAAGCGUCGCUUGGAUGAAGCCUCUCUCCAAAGCAGGAAAACUUGUAUAUGCGGCAAUCAAUCUUACUCUAGUUUCCAUUUUCGUUCGAUGCUCUCUCUCAUGCUGUUCUUCUUUUUCGACCACGACUUUGUCUGAAGUAUUCCGUGAGACGUAUAUCCACGAUCAACCUCGCAGUUUUAAGCUAUUUGGAUCAAUGGCAAUGGAAUCACGUGUUUUGUAUGUUUUCCCUUUAUUUCGCCCUGUUUUCAAAGUUUUCCUUCCGGUAUUUACAAUAAGGUUUUCCCCCCUGGAUUCGGCAACGGACGCCUUUCGGUACAUCGGCUCCGAGUGCCCAGAAUUUUUCACAGAUUAUGACGGUGACUGUUUUCGUCAACUCGUCGCUGUGACAGGAUACUGCUUCGGAGAAAGGUUUCCUCAACACGAAUAUCGAAACCGAGAACAAGGGAUGGCAGUGGACCCUGAAGAAAGUCUGGAUGAAGAUACCAUCGUGUAGUGAAAGGCCGAACGCUUUACUCCUCGUUCUUUCACACUGGAUCAUAAUAAUGGAGCACUGUUGGUCGAUUGGUAGCUGGAAACACCAAA